ACAUCAUAUGCCUAUAAGACCAUCUAACACGAAUAAUUUUAAAAAAAGCUUAUUUAUAAUUUGUAAAUGUUCAACAAUGAUAAAAACAAUGAAAAAUUUAGCAAGAAAUUGUAAAAGCUCAUUUACUCCCUCGAAUAAGAAAUGCCAUGUUUAGAUUUUCCAUUAUUAACUUUUCCUUUAGUUAUUCUAUUAAAAAUAUUAUUUUAAUAUUAUACAAAGUCCUUUACAUAUAUGAGUUUUUGAGUAAAGUCUAUUUGAUUCCACCUUUCUUACAUUUUGAAAAAGAAAUAUCAACAUGAAUUUAUACUAUGGAACAACAACACAAUCUUAUAAAUAAUAUAAAAUUUUCCAUUAAAAAAGAGGCCACCCAAAUUUGAUUCCACCAUUCCUGUGUUCUUGAAAGGAGGCUAGGUCCCCACAUUUGAUUCCUUCCACACAAUAAACCAGCCAGGCCUUCCAUCCAUUAAUUGUCCUCCAUGGACGUAAACAAGAAAACCCAUUCACAUCAAAUAAAGAGCAGGUAAGGCAAGCAAAGUUUAAAAGGAGAUUCUGUGGACAGACCAAGCAACCUCAGAUGAGCUGCUUAUUCUUUACAGUCACAGGAGGGCAAUAAAAUCUUAAUUAAUUUCAAGUCUAAUGUUAAAAUGAUCUGCAUGGCAGCCAAAGCGAGAGUAUGUCGAUAGUGGGCUUUACAUAGUGCGCGAACUUUACCUUCUCACAAUUCAAGCAAGAUAGGUUCACCAGUUUAGUUAAUUGGACUUUCACUUUAUUAGAGUUAUAAUAAAUUUAUAUUAAUAAUAUUAUUGAAGUUGUUGGGAAUGAGAUGUUAAUCCAACAGUUUCUAAUUUUUUUCAAUUUGUUUUAAAUAUAUGAACUAUAAUGGUGAUUUUUAGUUUAAUAUUCUUGAAAUUAAGAUGGUAUUUUUGAAAAAAUUGAGAACGCUUUUCUUUUGAAGAAUUUAUUAGGAUUUCAGCUUUCUCUUCUUGACAUUGUCUUCAGUUUUGACGGGAUCUAGUCGCUUGGGUCUUUUCGGCCUCUCCCUUUAUUUAUAAAUGGAUUCAAGGUUAAAUGAUCAAGAUAUUUGGGCCUCAGUUAGAAUACUUGGUUUGGACAGAAGGAUUAAGCACUAUUCAAUCUUACAGCAAAUUUUAUUAGUGGGGGAAGGCGAUUUUUCGUUUUCUUUAACUUUGGCUAAUACAUUUGGUUGUGCAGACAAUAUGGUUGCCACCUCCCUUGACAGCAGAGAGAAGAUCAUAAGUUCAUAUGAGUCAGGCCAAAAUAACCUUCAGAAUUUGGAGAAGCUUGGAGCAAUGAUAUUGCAUGAUGUUGAUGCAACAACAAUGAAUAAGCUUCAAAUUAUCAAGAAAAGAAGGUUUGAUAGAAUUAUCUUCAAUUUCCCUCAUGCUGGUUUCUUUGGGAACGAAAAAGAUAACAGAGUUAUCAAAAAGCAUCGCCAUUUGUUAAACGUGUUCUUCAAAAAUGGAAUGACCAUGCUUAACAAAAUGGGAGAAAUCCAUGUUACCCACAAAGAACAAGAUCCUUAUGACAAGUGGAAACUGGUGGAAGAAGCAGAAAAAUGUGGGUUGCUUUUAAAAGAAUCAGUGAAGUUUGACAAAGCAGAUUACCCUGGCUACACUAAUAGAAGAGGAGCUGGAUCUAGAAUUGGUGAGACUUUCUUCUUGGGAGAGUGUAGGACUUACAUGUUCAUUUUAAGUUCCAGCUGUAAUGACCAAAUACAUUCUGCUCAACCCAAAAUUUCUUUGCAAGGUCAUCUACAGAUCCUUAAAGCAGCUAUUUUGGAGCUUGAAUCUGAAAGGCGAAAUAGAAAGACAGCUGAAGCUGCAAAAGCAAAAUUGGAGUCUUCAUGUAAUGAGUUGAGGACAGUUGCAGAUGAAGCUUUUAAGGAAAGAGAUAAAUUUAGGAGGACAAAAGAUAAAGCUUUAAGGAAAAAGAAAAAAAUAAUCAAACAAUUAGAUGAAGAAUUAGAUGAAGCUUUAAGCUUGGAAGAGGAUGCAGCUAUGCAAAGAGAUGAGAGUAUUCGGAUGCUUGAAUUUGAAAGGAAAGCUAAAAUUGAUGCUGAAGCUGCAAAAGCAAAUUUGGAGUUUUCGUAUAAUAAGUUGCAGACAGUUGUAGAUAAAACAUUGAAGGAAAGAGAUGAAUUUAAGAGGCAAAGAGAUGAAGCUUUGCGAGAAAGGAAACAUAUUACUGAACAAUUAGCUGAAAGUUUGAGAUUGAAAGAAGAAUUUGAAAGGAAAAGAGAUAUUGCCCUCCACCAAAAGUAUCAACCUUGGAGAGAGAAGGAAAAUAUUUCCGAACAGUUAGCUGAAGCUUUGAGAUUCAAAGAUGUAGUUAAGGAGAGAGCUGACGUAAAGAAGUAUUUCUUUGUUUUGUUAUUUUUGUCUAUUUUAAUAUAUUUUUGUAUAUUCAUGUGAUUUUAAAGCAUUCAUUUAAAAUGUAAAGCUCUUUUUGACGUGUCUAUUAAUAUUCACACAUACAUUACAUUUGAGUAAAAGAAUUUUAUAUUUGAUUAUUUGUGGAUACUUUUGAUUAAAGCUAUGAAUCAAUUAAAGAUG